CGGUAAAUAUAAUCAUGAAUAGACAAUUGCAACUGCUUCUUUUGCAGGAAAGUACAUCAUUGUAAAGAAGAUGAAAGAGGCGAAUUACGUUUGUGAUUACAUUCUCGGUGGCCAACUCGAUGGAUCUAGCUCCACAAAAGAGGAAUUCAUGGAGGUAUGAGCUUAUUUGCAAAAUUUCUAAAUUAUCAAAGUCGGUAUUGCAAACCAGACAACGAUGCUCAAGGGAGAAACAGAAGAAAUAGGAAAAUUAAUUGAGAGAACAAUGAUGCACAAAUAUGGAGUGGAAAAUGUAAAUGGACAUUUCAUCAGCUUCAGCACAAUAUGCGACGCUACUCAAGAGCGACAAGACGCAAUCUAUGAGUUAGUGGAAGAGAAGAUUGACCUCAUGCUAGUGGUUGGAGGGUGGAAUUCAAGUAACACCUCUCACCUUCAGGAAAUCGCAGAGGCACGGGGAAUCCCAUCUUACUGGAUCGACAGUGAGAAACGGAUAGGAUCUGGGAACAAAAUAGCCUUGAAGCUCCACUACGGGGAGCUGGUCGAGAAGGAGAAUUUUCUUCCAAAGGGACCGAUAACCAUCGGUGUGACAUCAGGUGCAUCGACCCCAGAUAAGGUGGUGGAGGAUGUAUUGGUGAAGGUGUUCGAUAUAAAACGUGAAGAGUUGUUGCAGCUGGCGGCUUGAUUCAGUCUUUUGAUCGUAUUCAGAUAUGAACAUAUUAUGUCGAGAGUGUGUACUAUGUAAUAAAUGACAAUGUAAUUAUAUCUGUAACUUUAUUGUAAGAGAGGUUUUGUAAUUCAAAAAGCCAGCAUCCCUCUUCA